AACCGCCAUAGACGCAUAUUUGUGCAAUACCGCGUACCCCCUUUAACCGCCAUAGACGCAAAUUUGCGCAACUUUAGUAUAGUCCGAGAAGACGCACAGAUAAUACUCAGGUACUCCACACUGCUUCUCCAUGUAGGAAACUAUCAAAACUCUUCACUUGCCAACAAUAAACACUCUCAAAAACACUAUGACUUCAUAAAACAACACUGUCUGCUGCGUGUGUGCUGCUUGUGAUGACAACGCACUGAAAAAAGCGUGCAGCUGUUCGUAGAAUAGCUAGGCUAGCUUUGUAGGCUACGUAGGCAAAAGGCUAGCUGUGGUACAACACACUGCAAGUGGCAGCUGGCUCCAGGACGUCACCUGCAGGGACAGAGAAAGCUUUGAAAGAAGUCAUACACGCCGCGUGGGUGAAAUACGCGUAAAGAGAGUCGGCUUCCAGCCUUUCGCACGAAACUACC